AUGCCAUCUAAGCACUCCGUUGAAGGUGAUCAUGAAGCUCACCAUAUCGAGGCCGUCAACAGCCGUGUCAGCGUCAAUGACACGGAUGGCCAUGUCAAUGACUGGAAGCAGUUGCGGCAGGACGCGACGCUCGCUACCGAAGACGAGCACAACACCACCUUUGCCCAGGCUGUGCGGCGCUUUCCCAAGGCGGCCUUUUGGUCGGGCGUGGUGAGCCUGUGCAUCAUCAUGGACGGGUACGACGGUGCGCUCCUUGGCAGCCUGUUUGGCUUUCCUGCGUUCCAGAAAAAGUAUGGGCACAAGAUCAAGGGGCAAGAUGGCUACACUCUAGACGCGCAGUGGCAGGUCGCGCUGGGCAUGGGCUCCAACGUCGGCAACAUUAUUGGCAUCACGCUGAACGGGUACCUGGCCGAUCGCUUCGGACACCGCGUGGUCCUGCACGGCGGGCUGUUUUCGCUGACGGGCUUCAUCUUCAUCUCCUUCUUCGCCCACAACGUGCAGACGCUAUUCGCCGGCCAGUUCCUCUGCGGCAUCUCGUGGGGUAUCUUCACCACCAUGGCGCCGGCCUUUGCGUCCGAGGUGGCGCCGCUGGUGCUGCGCAGCUACCUCGAGACGUGGGUGGUCUGCUGCUGGGGCAUCGGGCAGUUCUUGUCCUACGCCGUGCUCUUCACGCUGAACGGCUGGGACAGCGACUGGGCCUACCGCAUCCCUUUUGCCAUCCAGUGGAUAUGGCCGCUCAUCAUCGCACCCCUGGUCGCCUUUUGCCCCGAGUCGCCGUGGUGGCUUGUCCGUAAGAAGAGGUACCACCGCGCGGAACAGUCCAUCCUGCGGCUGACGUCGGCCAAGACGGAGGAGGAGGCGCGCGUGGCGGCGAAGCGGACGCUGGCGCUGAUGAUUGAGACGGAUCGUCUCGAGCAGGAGAUGGCUAGGGACACGUCGUACGCGGCCUGCUUUACGGGCACGGAUUUGCGACGCACGGAAAUUGCCUCUGUGGCAUGGGGAAGCCAGAUACUCACUGGGUUUGUCAUUCAAGGCUGGGCGACGUACUUUUUCCAGCAGGCGGGUUUGGACCACAACGACUCAUUCAAGAUGACUCUGGGUAUUGGCGGUAUCCAUCUACUCUGCAACGCGGGUUCGGCUGUCUUGACGGGCAAUUAUGGCCGUCGGCGGCUUUUCAUGACCGGCUGUGUUGUUCUGUCCAUGCUGAUGUUUGUCAUCGGUGGCCUAGCAUUCGGUCCGCUGACUACUGCGUUUGGAUUUGCAACCUCUGCUGUGUAUCUGGUAUGGUUCGGCGUCUGGUGCCUGUCCAUGGGGCCUUUGCCCUACAUCAUCAACGCGUCGCAAGCCCAUACAUCUUGA